AUGGAGAUCCGACCAGACAGGUUUAAGGCGGUAGCGGGCAAAACUCUGGGGAAAAUUCACAGGCUGAUUGAGAAGCGGCAGCCAAAUGGAGAAACCAUUGAGUUAUCAGCAGAGGGCCGUCCUGAGCUGGUGGAGGAGAAGGAGCUGCCGGUUGUGGACUGUACCUGCUUUGGCUUGCCCAGGCGGUACAUCAUCGCCAUCCUGUCUGGCCUGGGAUUCUGCAUCUCUUUCGGCAUCCGCUGCAACCUGGGUGUGGCCAUUGUAAGCAUGGUCAAUGAUCACACUGUCUACAAAGGCAACAAAGAAGUACUUGUGGCUGCACAGUUCACCUGGGAUCCUGAGACAGUGGGGAUGAUCCACGGCUCCUUCUUCUGGGGCUACAUUGUCACACAGAUCCCGGGCGGCUUUAUAUGUCAAAAAUUUGCAGCCAACAGAGUGUUUGGCUUUGCCAUAGUGGCCACCUCCACCCUCAACAUGCUGAUUCCAUCUGCCGCUCGCUGCCAUUACAGCUGCGUCAUACUGGUCAGGAUAUGCCAGGGCCUUGUUGAGGGUGUAUCUUACCCAGCCUGCCACGGGAUCUGGGCCAAAUGGGCGCCUCCCCUGGAGAGAAGUCGAUUAGCCACAACAGCCUUUUGUGGAUCCUAUGCAGGGGCUGUGGUAGCCAUGCCUUUAGCUGGGAUACUGGUGCAAUACACUGGGUGGCCUUCAGUAUUCUACGUCUAUGGCAGCUUUGGGAUAUUCUGGUACUUGUUCUGGAUUCUGGUGUCGUAUGAGAGUCCCGCAGCGCAUCCCACCAUCUCACCAGAGGAGAGGAAGUACAUCGAAGAUGCGAUUGGAGAGUCUGCAGGAUUUCUCAAUCCUCUCCAGAAAUUUAAAACCCCAUGGAGACACUUCUUCACCUCGAUGCCAGUCUAUGCCAUCAUUGUGGCCAACUUCUGCAGGAGCUGGACCUUCUACCUGCUGCUCAUCAGCCAGCCGGCCUACUUUGAAGAAGUCUUUGGCUUUGAGAUCAGCAAGGUGGGCAUGGUGUCAGCUUUGCCCCAUCUGGUAAUGACAAUCAUCGUGCCUGUUGGAGGCCAGUUGGCAGACUACCUGAGAAGCCACAACCUGAUGUCCACCACCAACGUCAGGAAGAUGAUGAACUGUGGAGGUUUUGGAAUGGAGGCUACCCUCCUACUGGUGGUGGGAUACUCUCACACCAAAGGUGUUGCCAUUUCCUUCUUGGUCCUCGCUGUGGGUUUCAGUGGAUUUGCUAUCUCAGGGUUUAAUGUCAAUCACCUGGAUAUUGCCCCGCGAUAUGCCAGCAUACUGAUGGGGAUCUCAAACGGGGUGGGAACACUAUCUGGAAUGGUGUGUCCUCUCAUAGUGGGAGCCAUGACCAAACACAAGACACGUGAGGAGUGGCAGUAUGUCUUCCUUAUAGCUUCCCUCGUUCAUUAUGGAGGAGUGAUUUUCUACGGAAUCUUUGCAUCAGGAGAAAAGCAGGCGUGGGCAGACAUAGAGGACACGAGCGACGAGAAGUGUGGUAUCAUUAAUGAGGAUGAACUGGCCAAUGAGACGGAGGAGCUCUAUCAUGGAGGUGGGCAGUACGGGGCCAUGAGCCAACCGGUGGUUGGUUCCAAUGGAGGGGGGGCCGGAGGAGGAGGAGCCGGACCUGGAUGGGUGACAGACUGGGAUAAAUCUGAGGAGUAUGUUCAGCCGCCUGGAUACAACUCUUACAUGUAUGGGGGAGAUGAGGAGAGGGAGCUGACAUAGAAGACUGACAUGACACACGUUUAACAAAAAAAAACAAGAUAAAGAA